AUGCCUUCUUUCAAGUCCCCCACUCCCCAUUUCUUCAAAGUCAUUCUCCAUCGCACUCUCCAGCAACAAAAACUUGAGAUCCCAACAAAAUUUGUGAGAGAAUAUGGGGUGCAAGCCUUGUUAAGCAGCAAAACGUGUCUUAAGGUGGCCGAUGGCCGAGAGUGGAAUGUGGGUUUGGCCAAAAGUGAUGGAAGGGUCUGGUUUGAUGAUGGGUGGCAGAAGUUUGUAGAGUUUUACUCCAUUGGAUUGGAAGACUUUCUAAUGUUUCGAUACGAAAGGAAACCUUCGAGCUUUCGUGUCGUCAUCUUCGAUAACAGCACUAUGGAAAUCGAGUAUCCUGUGAAGAGAAUUCGUCUUGAUAGAGCUGAUGGAAGGGUGAAGAUGGAGUCGGGUUCGGAUAAUCUUGACCUUGUUUUUUGCUCAGAAGAGAAAGCCCUAGAUUUCAAAGUUGGCCAAGACAGCUCCGAUGUCGAUGGAAAAUCGAUGAACAUCAAGCACGGCGGGAGGAAGCUGCCAUCCACGACGAGCCAGCGAGAAAGAGCAAUGGUGAAAGCAACUGAUUUCCAAUCCACAACUCUGAAUCCUUCUUUUGUGUGCAAGAUCUGGCCUUCACACCUCCUAUCAGGAAAAGCUCUGCACGUACCGAGAAGCUUCACCGAGAUGCAUUUGGAGGGGCCCGUAGAGGUGAUUCUUGAGGUUUCAGAUGGAAGAACAUGGAGGGCUCGUUGUGGUAUGUACUAUUGGAAUAAUAGAACUCGGAGGAUGGCUGAUUUGAGAAAUGGUUGGAACAAAUUUGCUCGCGACAACAAAUUACAAGUUGGUGAUGAGAUCCCAAAAAAGUUUGUGAGAGAAUAUAAUGGCGUGCUCGUGCAAGCCUUGUUGAGCAGCAAAAUGUGUCUUAAGGUUGCUGAUGGCCGAGAGUGGAAUUUGGGUUUGGCCAAAAGUAAUGGAAGGGUUUGGUUUUCUGAUGGAUGGCAAAAGUUUGCAGAGUUUUACUCUCUUGGAUUCGGACACUUUCUAGUGUUUCGAUAUGAAAGUCAAUCUUCCAGCUUUCACGUCGUCGUCUUCGAUAUCAGUGCUACGGAAAUCGAGUAUCCUGCGAAGAGUAUUCGUCUCGAUAAGGUUGAGGAAAUGGUGAAGAUAGAAUCUGGUGGGGAUAAUAUUGAUCAUAUGGUUAUUUGGCUAGACGAUUUCAAAGUUGGCCAAGACAGCUUCGCUAUCGAAAAACCGAUGAACGGCGAGGAUCGGCGCUGGAUGAAGCUGCCAUCGACGGCGAGCCAGCGAGAAAGAGCAAUGGCCAAAGCAACUGACUUCCAAUCCACAACUCUAAAUCCUUGUUUCAUGUGCAAGAUCUCGCAUUCGCAUGUCUAUCCAGGAAAAUCUCUGCACGUACCGAAAAGCUUUGCUGAGAUGCAUCUGAAGCUAGAGGGGCCUGUAGAGUUGAAUCUUGAGGUUCCAGAUGGAAGGAUUUGGAAUGCUCGUUGUAGUUUCUAUGGGGCGACUCAUAGAAUUCGAAGGAGAACAAUGUUGGGAAGUGGUUGGAAGAGAUUUGCUCGAGACAAUAGCUUGCAAGUCGGCGAUGUCUGCGUUUUUGAGAUGAUGAGAAAGAACAGUAGAAGAAUCUCGCUCAAAGUUUACAUUUUUCAAGCUUCUUGA